AUGGUGUACGAAAUGCAUAAUGGCGAUAUAAGAUCAUGUUUGAAUGCGCUUCAGAUGCUUUCUCGCGACGGUGGACACGUGGAUGUAGCAAAGCUACGAACCGUUGGAGAUUGCGUGCGGGAUUGCAACAUGAGUAGCGGACUAUUUGAUGUCUGGAAUGCUACUUUCAAGCUUGCAGCAAAGCAGGACCAGAAGCAAGGGGUCAAGCACAUGGAUUUGCAUAAGUUGCUGAAUUUUCAUUCUUCCAGCAUGACGACUAUUUUACUGGGAUGCCAACACAAUUUCCCAAAAGUGAAAUAUACCGAUCCAAGAAUGCUCAAGACUAGCGCUUGCUUGGAGUCUUUGGGGGAUGCAGAUGUCAUGCACAGCUACAUCAACCAACAUCAAUCAUACUCGUUGAGCCCGUACCUCAAGAUUCCUUGUCUCAAAUUCCACCAUCUUUGUGCCGCUCCGCAAUGGCCUUCUAUCGAAUAUCCACGAGCUGCCUCUGAGCCGGACAUCAAAGUGACAAAUAUGCACCUCAUGAGCGCAGAGCACCGGCAACGCAUUCAAGAUCACGUCUCUAUCAUGCUCACCUUUGGCUUGCGAUACCGUCCACAGACUCAAGAUAACGGCAAGGCAGAAUUGGCCAUGCAACCGCCCAUUGAGGACUUAGUGAAAAACUUAAGCAAGAACUAUCAGAAUGCCCUCAAGCACGAACUUAUGACUCACAUCGAGCAGCUGGUUGAGAUCGCAGCGCUCAAGAAGCGAGAGGAAAGAAAUCCAAAGCAGGAGGGCGAGGAGAAACAAGUGAGCAUCCCUGCAAAUUUUACGACACCUCCUACGAUAAAGAAUAAGACGAAAGUCUUCGGGAAUGCCGGAUGGGCUUCGCUCUCUCAACAUGCAGCAAGCAAGAGUCAUCUCGCCUGCUCCAACAGUGAUUCCAACGUCUUGCUGUCCAUGGCUGACCUGUUUCCAGCACAUCCCGUUAAGUACAAGUUCACCGAAGGAAUGACCAACGCGAUCAAGCGCCCUGUGUUCCUCCGAGAUCUUCUCUAG